AAAAUACCCAAUAAAUCGUGCUGUGCACAACAUACCAAAAUUGUCUCUCUUCAGUCUUCAUUCACUCCCUUCUCUCGCAAGCCUCGCUUGUUUUUCUCUUUUCAAAUUCCAACUUUCCAUAAAUUCAAUUCAAACCCCCCUCUUUCCUUACAACUCAACGCACACUCUCUUCUCAACAAAAUGGCAAGCAAUAUGAAAGUUGACGAACUUCGAGCUGAGCUCUCCAAACGUGGCCUUAACACUAGUGGCAUCAAACCCACCUUGGUAAUGUGAGGAGACUGGAUGCAGCUGUUCUCAAAGAAAACGAUCAAUCAACGGUGAAAGAUGAGUCUAAUAAUAAUUCAACAGUGGGGAAGAAGAGAGACAGAGAGGAUGAAGAUGAAAACAAUGAAGAUUCAAAGGAAAUUAGCGCAAUCGAUAAGUUUCAAGGGAUGAGUAUCCAAAUGUUGCGCAAGAAAGCGUCGCUUAGAGGGAUUUCCACCAUUGGUACUAAGAAAGAGCUCGUUCAAAGGCUCAGUAAUGCUGCUGCUGUUGAUGAUGGAAAUGCCAAAGGAGGAGAACUAGUAGAAGGAAAAGAAGAAAAACAAGACAAAAAGGUUGUCGAGGAAGUUAAGAAGGAGAAGCUGGUAAUAGCAACAAAGAAAGGUUCAGCUGUCCUGGAUCAAUGGCUUCCAGACCAUAUAAAAACUCAUUAUCAUGUGUUGAAAAUGGGAGAUGCAAUUUAUGAUGCGAUGUUGAACCAGACAAAUGUAGGGGAUAACAACAACAAAUUCUAUGUGUUACAAGUUCUCGAAGCUGAUGGUGGUGGCACAUAUAUGGUAUAUAAUAGAUGGGGCAGAGUAGGUGUGAAGGGUCAAGAUAAGUUGUUUGGAGCCUAUUCAUGUAGGGAAACUGCUGUCCAAGAGUUCGAGCAGAAAUUCUUGGCCAAAACGAGAAAUCAUUGGUCUAAUCGAAAAGAUUUUGUUUCAUACCCAAAGUACUACACUUGGUUGGAAAUGGAUUACAGUGAAAAGGACCAGGACCAAGAAAAGUUUUCGGCUUCUUGUACCAACAUUCAACCUCAGGAAAGCAAACUUGAGCAGCGUGUUGCAAAGUUCAUCUCUCUUAUUUGCAAUAUUGGCAUGAUGAGGCAGCAGAUGAUGGAAAUAGGAUACAAUGCUGAGAAAUUGCCUCUUGGAAAGUUGAGCAAAUCCACAAUUUUUAAGGGUUAUGAUGUCUUGAAGAGGAUUGCUGAUGUCAUUGGCCAGUCAAACAGAAAAUUGCUUGAACAAUUAAGUGGGGAAUUCUAUACGGUGAUUCCUCAUGAUUUUGGCUUUAAGAAGAUGUAUGAGUUUGUCAUUGACACGCCUCAAAAAUUGAAAAGCAAAUUGGAAAUGGUUGAGGCAUUGAGUGAAAUUGAGCUUGCAACAAAAUUGUUGAGUGAUGAUGUGGGAGUGCAGGAUGAUCCCGUGUAUGCUCAGUAUGGACGGCUUCAUUGUGAAUUGAUACCAGUAGAAGUUGGUUCAGACGAAUUCUCCAUGAUCCAGAAGUACACACAGAAUACUCAUGCAAAAACACAUUCGAAUUAUACAGUAGAUCUUGUUCAAAUAUUUAGGGUGUCAAGAGAGGGAGAAGAUGAACGGUAUAGAAAGUUUGCUAAUGCAAGCAAUAGAAUGCUGUUGUGGCAUGGCUCUCGGCUAACAAACUGGGCUGGGAUUCUAUCUCAAGGAUUACGCAUUGCUCCACCAGAAGCACCUGUAACAGGAUAUAUGUUUGGCAAAGGGGUCUAUUUUGCUGACAUGUUCUCCAAGAGUGCAAACUACUGUUUUGCCAGUUCCACUGCUCCUACUGGUGUUCUACUUUUAUGUGAGGUAGCAUUGGGUAAAAUGGAGGAGCUCCUUGAUGCAAACUACAAUGCAGAUAACUUACCAGCAGGGAAGUUAAGCACGAAAGGAGUUGGUGGCACUGCACCAAAUAAGUCAGAGUCGCAGGUACUCAGUGAUGGUGUGAUCGUCCCCUUUGGAAAACCAGAGAAGAGGAAAGAUCAAAAGAGUAGUCUUUUGUACAAUGAGUACAUAGUUUACAACGUGGAUCAGAUAAGAAUGCGCUAUGUUAUUCAAGUCAAUUUCAACUAUAAUCGGUAAGGAGCUUGCAGAAGGGAUGCUGUACAAGAUUGCUGAUAAGGGAUGUGAUGUGCUAUCAUAAUUUUGUGAAGAGAGGAGUUCAUAACGAUCAGUCCAUAACUACUGUGGUUACUAUCUCAAGGGUGGAAGAGCUUCGAUUUUGUAUAGAUGCAAGCUCAUGUGCACUGUCUAGUUGAUCCAAGCUUCACGAGCUGUGAAAUCGUAGAGUAUUUUCUGUAUAUUGUGCUGUUUAGGGGCUACACAUAUUAAUUUUGAUCAAACGGAAUUUCUGGAACGGUUUCUAAGAUCCAAAUGCAUGUCCUAACUCCUAUCCCAAACUGCUCGGGGUUUGAAUAUUUUUUUCAGGAAAUUAGGGUUUGAUUUUUAAAUACCACCAGUGCUCUAAAAUGAAAAUAACAUUUAGUCGAGACCUCAAGUACAUAUACUAAAGUCUUAAUCACUAGCCUAAGUUGUAUUUAGUGUUAUUAUUAUGAAGUAUUAUAAUAAAUGAAUGAAUUUUUUUCUUA